AUGCUAACCAUGAGUAAGUUCCAGAAUUUGUUCGGAGGGGCGAAGGUGUUCAUCAUCAUCAUUCUUUGGCGAUCGGGCCAUACCAUGAGCAAUCCGAUCGGCGAGAACCCUGACCAUGACUGGCACUAUGCACACGCAACCUUCACGUACGGCGACAUGUCUGGAGGCGAAACCAUGCAGGGGGCUUGCGGAUACGGUGAUCUCUUCCAACAAGGUUAUGGUCUACAGACAACAGCUCUAAGCACAACACUAUUCAACAAUGGAUUAUCUUGCGGUGCUUGUUUUCAGAUCAUGUGUGUUCAUGAUCCACAGUGGUGCAUCCCUAAUGCAGGCACUAUCAAAGUCACUGCAACAAAUUUCUGUCCGCCAAACCCUUCAGGAGGCUGGUGCAACCCGCCGAACGAUCACUUCGACCUGUCCUUGCCUAUGUUCACAAAGAUCGCUCAAUACAAAGCUGGAAUAGUUCCAGUGAAGUAUCGCCGAGUCUCGUGUUAUAAAACAGGAGGGGUUAAGUUUGAGCUUAAAGGAAACCCUUACUGGAUCACUGCUUUGGUUUACAAUGUGGGUGGUGCUGGUGAUGUUACAUCUGUCAGAAUCAAAGGGUCUAAUUCCGGUUGGCUUCAAAUGUCUCGCAAUUGGGGCCAAGUUUGGCAGACCGGCGCAAACUUAGUAGGGCAGAGCUUAUCAUUCCAAGUUACUACCAGUGAAGGUAAAACUAUUGAGUUUGAUAGUAUUGCACCAGGGAAUUGGCAAUUUGGUCAAAGCUAUGAGGGGAAUGGCAACUUUUAG